AUGCCUACCCUCAAGAAAGUCGGAGUACGGAGCGCCUCGGCUGGCUCGCCGAAGGUGAGCACUGCAUCAGGAGUUUCUGCGCGUCGCGCAUAUGCCGAGCAAGCUUUGCGCCAUCGCGUUGUCCCAGAUGCUUCGGAUCUUGCCAAGAUUGCCGACUCGCUUGACGGCGCCGUCGUGCGGAGUGUCACAGCGACAGAGCACGAAUUGGCGGUGCUAGACGCACAAGUGUCGUUUUCAUGUGACGGUCGUUCGGUGGUUGAUUUUCUAGACCUCUCUGUCUCGCUGCCAUUUUGGCUCGCAUAUGUGCGCGCAGAAGCGAAGCGGCACAUGCUCGAAAUUCAAAGGCGCAUUCACUUGCUUUUUGAGAGACACAAGAUUGGCAAAACAGCGUUUAGCUGGAUUUUUGUCGAGAUCAUGGAACAGAUCGAUAUGGUCUACCAUGCCAUCCCGAAUAUGGCCGAACACCUUCCUUUUGCGCAUGGCGCAAGACUGUACAGCAAGGUGCCAAAAAACAAAGAACUUUCCAGGCAGAUGCAGGCGCUUAUUGCAGAUUGGGAGCGCCGUGCAAGUACGUUUGACCCCAACCUGUUUGUAACCAACGCCGCAUUUUCGCCCCAGACCCUGGCCGCCUACGACGGCACUACCUCGCUCGACCAGAACACUCUGCCUCCCUUGUCGUACGCAAUGUCGCUUUUUCAUUUCCCGACUGGGUGGGCAGAACAAAUACAACAUCUUCCGGAGGCAACCGCACACGUCGCAACAGAAGCGUGGCAUCGCUUGGACGCGUUCCUCGAUCGCGUCAACAAUGUCACGCUUGUUCCCCUGCGCGAAACUUCACACUCGCUGAACUUGGGCGCGCAUAUACCAUCGCGACUUGCGAGCCUCGAGUUUCCUGCAUCCGAGUUGCUACACAAGUUUGAACAAACACUGGACACCGUCACAGAGCGAUCUCGUGCCGGUGCGACAGGGUUUGUGCACCGUGCAACGUUAGCCGUGCAAGAUGUUGAAGAGGCGCUGUACUAUGCAGCGAGGGAAGUUGCAAACGGCGGCAAGGAACUCAUCCAUUACAACGCGCUGCCGUAUGCUUGGAGAAACAACGACUUUAUAUUAACGGGCUACCGCUUUAUUCCGCUCGAAAAUUGGCGAUAUAUAUUGAAGAGCACGUUUGAAUUACACAACGAGACCGGCAAUAUUCAUACACACGUGCUGGGUCUUGCCAUUAUCAUCGUUUUGUACUGGUUCUCUGGCGUACUUGAUCCGCACACCACAUUGAUGGACCGCUGGAUUCAAACCUUGUAUCUGCUUGCAGCGGCCAAGUGUCUUUUGUGCUCGAUCUCGUGGCACAUUAUGUCUGGCUGCUCCAACAGGCAAUGGUUUGAAUGUUUUGCGUGUAUCGAUUACACGGGCAUUUCAUGGCUUGUGGCUGCCUCAAUCCUUUCGCUUGUCUACAAUGGCUUCUACUGCCAGCCUUUUCUGAUCGCGCUUUAUUCCACAGGUUCAUUUUUGCUUGGCACCAUUAUGGGAGUCGUGCCUUGGGCGCCAUGGUUCAACGACCCAAAGAAUCGCACCAUCCGGAUUUGGAUGUUUAUCGUAAUGGCACUGAUGGGCAUUGUCCCUUUUAUACACGGGGUAUAUUUGCAUGGAACCAGUCCCGUGCUUCAAUUCUACGGGCCCGUAUUCCCUAGCCUUUUGUCGUACAUCGUCGGCGUCGCAUUUUACGGACUGCGGUUCCCCGAACGUUUUGCUCCGGGACGCUUUGACCUGAUCGGCCAAUCACACCAGCUAUGGCACGUCGCCAUUGUCCUUGCCAUCUGCUUGCAUUACCGUGCGAUCCUCAUUUUCCACGAGAACCGUUUCGAGUACAGCUGCAAGCUGGCUCUGUGA